CAGCAAUCUGCGGUUUCACGCGGUGUCAACAUCCAUGCCACCCAAAACGUCGGAAGACCCAGAACAAAACCCAUAUGAUCUACUUGAAAUAUCACAGGAGGCCACAGAAGCCGAGAUUAGGACUGCCUAUCGAACCCGCUCACUAAAAGUUCAUCCAGACAGAAACAGAAAUGAUCCUAAUGCAGCUCAGAAAUUUCAUGCAUUGACAACCGCUUCCACCCUCCUCCUCGAUCCGCUUCGCCGUCUCGCGCUCGAUGCACAACUCCGUCUGCAAGCUGCCAAGAAGCAGCGCUUCGCAUCUUAUGACAAUAAGCGCAAGGCGAUGGUCUCUGAGUUGGAGGAGCGGGAGAAAGAAUUCAAGGGGCGAAUGGCCAAGGAACAAAAGAGAACUGCGAGGGAGAGCGAAAACAUGAGGAUUUGUGAGGAGGGGCGACGAAUGCGGGAGCAGAGGGAAAAGGAGCUCGAACUGCAGGAAUUAGAACGUCAAUGUGCGAGGAUGAAACCCGAAUCAAAUGGAAUUGUCGAAGAAGAACCCCUUGCUCCGCCGCCUCUUGGUGAUUUGGAUACAACAAUCCGUAUAAAGUAUGCACUGUCAUCAUAUCCUGCACUUUCUACAGCAUCUGCGCUCACAGCCCACCUUCGACAGUAUGGCGAGAUUGAUGAAGGGAUGGUAGUGAUGUUGCAGAAAGCCAAUAAGUCGAAAAAACCCAAGGGAGUUGUAGAUGGCGAGAUGAUAGUGACCGCACUGGUGCCCUUCAAUCAGUUGGGCGCUGCAUUUGCUGUGGUAUCGAACGCCGAAUCGCUGAAAGAGCGGGGCAUGGACGUGGCAUGGGCAGGCGGAUCUAAGCCUCCGAUCCUAGGCUGGCUCCAUGAACGCGGAGAACUUGGAGGACCCGCAGCCAAUCGUGCCGAGCCGCUCCCGACAAAGCCUACUCCGGAGGGGACGACGUUUGGUUCGUUUCCCUCGAGUUUUGUAAGUAUUUAGGUACUGCUUUGAUCUGCUUCGGUACAGGGGUGAUCAAAAGAACCUAACAGAAGAAGGUAGGGUGAGUGGCAUUUGAAUCCGCCGGCGGGAUCAUCUAUAUUAUCAUACACGCCCUCCACCUCAAUAAACAGAGCUCAGUGAGCUUAGUGUCCGAAGCCUGUCUGCAUUAAUUUCGUAUGUGAGUCUCCUGCUCUUCGCAAUGCCCUCGCCUGGCCUCUGUAGAAUGCGGUAAGACGUAACCCGCCGCCGCGGCGGUACGCAAAACAGCCUGGAGUACUACCGUCAUCUAGUUCUACUAGUAGCACAAAAUAUGGUGUAGCUGUGACUAUCUGUCAAUCUAAGAGCCUUCAGAGACUGUCUUGAGAUGCUGACGAAGGGUGCCGCAAGUAAGGAGAUGAGGAAUUUUAUUCGACUGCUUUCACA